AUGGAUCCCGCUCCAACCUCAGUACCCGACAACAGAUCGCCGCGCUCCUUCGCCAUCGCUCACCAGCGACCCAAGACGAGCUUUCGCGGCUGCUCACGCAUCGGAGACUAUGAGCUGCAGGGGAAACUCGGAGAGGGAACCUUUGGUGAGGUUCACCGAGCUCGAUCGAAAAAGACAGGCGCAAUCGUUGCCUUGAAAAAGAUUAUCAUGCAUAACGAAAAGGACGGCUUUCCAAUCACCGCGCUGCGAGAAAUCAAACUCCUCAAACUCCUCAACCAUGUCAAUGUCCUGCGGCUCGAAGAUAUGGCUGUAGAGCAUCCUUCACGAUCAUCCGAGAAGCGAAAAAAACACAUCAUGUACACCGUUACACCAUACAUGGACCACGAUCUUUCCGGAUUGCUCGACAACCCCGCCGUACAUUUCAAAGAAGGCCAGAUCAAGUGCUAUAUGCUUCAGCUCCUGCAAGGCCUGCGUUAUCUCCACGAUCAGCAUAUUUUGCAUCGAGAUAUGAAGGCCGCAAACCUGUUGAUCAGCAACACUGGCAACCUCCAAAUUGCCGAUUUUGGUCUUGCGAGGCAUUACGACGGGCCGACGCCGCAGCCCGGACGACCAAUGGGGAACGGUCGCCGAGACUACACUGGCCUUGUCGUGACCAGGUGGUAUCGCCCUCCGGAGCUGCUACUACAGUUGCGCCAGUACACGACAGCUAUUGACGUAUGGGGUGUUGGGUGUGUCUUUGGAGAGAUGCUAAUCGGCAAGCCUAUCCUAGCGGGUGAGAGCGAUGUUGCUCAGCUUGAAAUAAUUUGGGACCUUCUUGGCUCGCCGACAGAGGACAACAUGCCGGGCUGGAAGAUGCUGCCUGGUGGUGAACAUUUAUCACCGCGCCCACGCUCUGGAAAUCUGGAAACACGCUUCAGGGAGUUUGGAAGCGGUGCGAUAUCGCUUCUCAAAGAGCUCAUGAGGCUAGAUUGGAAGACCCGCAUCAAUGCCGUUGACGCACUGGAGCACGGCUAUUUCAAAAUGGCGCCACUACCAAUGGAGCCGCAUGAAAUUCCUACCUACGAAGAAAGCCAUGAGCUAGAUCGCAGAAAGUUUCAAGACCGCAAGGCAGCCCUACCACCCGCCCCUAAAGGAGGCACAGUCGGGAUUGGGCCAGAUGCCCACGGAGCGACGGCCGGCUUCAACAGUGGCGACGGUUACGGUAGAAACGGAAGUGCUAAUGGCAGAUACCGCGGCGCAGACGAACAUAGAAGACCAGCUUGGCAGCGAGAUCGAGGUCCACAACCACCGGGCCGCGGCCCUCCGCCGGAAAGAGGGGGCCGAGAUGAUGACUACCGCGACCGCGAUCGAGCACCACCCAGAAAUAGACCAGGCGGUGGCCCCGGAGGACAGCGCGGCGCACCAGACACGGACACGUACAUACCCAGCUACGGACGGGAUGAUGGUGGACGACGCAGGGAUGACCGGCCGCCACGCGACGAGCGGCGUCCGCCGAGAGAUGACCGCCGGCCAGACCGCGACAGAGACCACCGCACUAGCAGAAGUCGGUCUCCCGGGAUGGAGCGGCGGGAUCAUCGCGAGCGCGAGCGCGAGCGCGACAUGUACCGACGUUAG